AUGAAGGACAUCCUAAUCACCCUGCAGCAGGCGGUGAUUACCCAUCUGCGAGAGGUUUACAUGGACGAGGUCUCUCUUGACCUCCACUCAUUGAAGGAGAUGUCGGAUGAUAGCCGCGUCAACGCGACGGUGUGUCUAGGUCAGCUUUAUCAACGCAUGUCGACAGCCACGGCAGCGAUGAAGCAGAUUUCCCGGCCACCUGUCGAUGAGCCGAGCAAGACCCCAGUGCCCGAGUCUUUGACGCACUCUAGCAGCCGCAGCACUCACUCUUCUCUCGGCGGAGGACACCGUGACAACCAAUCGAUGACUUCGCACACGACAUAUAGCUCAAGAACAGCAAUAUGUUAUGAUCGCAAAGCAUCGGGCGGCCCUAUGCCGCAAAGAGCGAUCUCGUUGAACUCGGCUCUCUCAGACUCGAAUGAGCGAGAACACCCGACAAGCGUCACUCCUGGUGAAGACAACGUCCCAGCGCUCCCUUGCUCUACGCAGAUACAAGUUAGUCAGGGUGCCAUGGAAAACACGUCCGGUGGUGUCGGGAAUCUACAGCACGUUGACGAACGCAUCCCGCCCCCCAAUGCAGUUCCUCCGCCGGCCUACAAACCAACGCCAUCAUCCCCAAUCCAAGGCCCUGAUGAGAAAGGACAGACCUUUCCUCGGGAGUCAAGUUUCUAUCAGCCUCCGACCGCACAUAUUUACAACAGCGUGCCGCAGAACAUGCCGCUACCAAGGGUUCAUGGGACAGUUUCAGAUCGAAAUGGACCCCGUCGUCUACUGCACCCCCAGGUAACACAAAUUUACGAACUCGAUGAUGGAUCACUCCUCCAGACACACUCGCGCGAACAGGAAAUGCUGAUACCGGCUCCACAACCAAGUUCAAGUCACGCCGUACCUCUCAACCCGGACUACAGCACGUUGGAGUAUGUAGUGGACCUCGAGGCGCGCAGUCGCCCUCCCGGCUCGCCGGUAAAGUCGCAACUGUACCGAAGGCACACGGAACAACUGGAGCAGCAAUGGCAGCCACAAAUGCAGCGGGCAUACUACCCAGAACAAGUGGUCUAUGGACAACAGUGGCAAAGUGGGCCUAUUGUCCGACGACAGACCAGCGAGGCGGAAACAGAAUCGGGGGUCAGCCCUGUUGGUCCUGUUUCGCAGGCAAGAGUGCCUCAAGUGCCUCCAGCCCCAAGACCGUUGUCAAUACGCUCCUCAAGCUCGACUGAGUCCAAGCUCGGGGCCUUUACGCUGAGGAGAGCGCUUCCACCCGGGAUUGCGGAAGCGAUUCAUAAGUCUGCGCCCUCAGGGUUGGAAUGGCAGCCGCGCUACGUCAAGCCCGACGUACCAGGCGUGAGUAAAGAGCAGACGGUGCCGCUCGUCAGUCCAGCAUCGCCUGUCGGGCAUCAGGGAAACAGCUGGUCGGAUGGAGUCUCGAUGACAUCAACCCCAAGCAGGCCUCCCUUAGAGUCUAGCAUGAGGGCACCCACUCUGCCACAUUUGCAAAUAGCCAGGUCCGAGUUGAAUCUACCAAGCGAAUCAAACCUGGCCGGAUUCUGCAAAGGAGCGGUCCGGACACAACUGGGGGGGCGAAAAAAGGGAUUCUCGCUCGAGCACAACCGAAAAAGAAAGGGCCAGGCAUAUUUCUUCCGAUGCACCAAAUGCAACUUUGAAGGCCCUGCGGCAGUGUCGACGGCGCUUCCAAGCGGUGGGCGAGGCGCUGUCAAGCGAGAGAAGACCUUUGACACACGAGUGCGAAUGUCUGAAGGAGGCAUCAAAUACCGGUGGGCGUUCCUGGCAAAGAGUCACGUGCUCAACAAGGCAACCAGUAGCGACUUGGACAACAGCACCGACGUAUUUGGCUGCUACUUCUGCUGUGCGGAGGGCGCGGCCAAGGGAUGGGUGGACGACACUCUGACCGCCCAGCUGGCGACCUUAGGGAGCUUUGGCGACAGGAAGACCAGUGCCAAUCUGACGCCGAUCUUUACCGGGCUGCGGGCCUUUCUUGCUCAUCUGGAGACGCACCGGACAGCAAGCCGGACGCCUGGGCUGGUGGUGGCGAAUGAGAUGAACUGUAUCAUCGGCCGGACUGCGGACGACCGUGAAGAUUUUGAUCUGAAUCUGCCGCCACCGUGA